AUGGAGACGGAGACGCACCCCAUCUCAAUUCGCUCCCAGCAGCGAGAGCGGGCCUUUGGGCAACUCAUGCAACAGGAGACGCGGCCUUUCCCUUGUCGGAGGCCGCGCUCCGAGUCCGGCAGUCCCCGUAAAACGACCGCGUGGCCGGUUCGGUCCCGGUCCGAGCAGAGCCAGGCCAGCGCGUCCGCCAAGGAGGGGCUCAGCGCCGAGCGCCGCACGGCCGCCGCCAGCCCCAGCUCCCCCGCCGCCGCCGCCGCCUCGUACAGCUGGAAGACGGCGCCCACGCGCCCGCUCGCCGCGUCCCGCACCUGCUGCAGCGCCGCCCUGCGGCGACGGGCCGCGGUGAGGGCGAGGGGGAGGAGCCCACCGCCAAGCCCCUCCCACAGCCCGGCCCCGCCCCGCCCCGCCCCGCCCCCCCACAGAGCUCACAGGUUGCGGGCGAGGCGGUGGCGCAGGGCCGUGGCGGCGCCGCGCUGCUUGUGGCGGAGGCGCGGGCCGAGCGCGGGGAAGGCGCGCAGGGGGGUGCGGGGCAGGGCCACGCGCCGCGCCGCCCGCAUCUGCGCCGCCAGGUUGGCCAGCGCGUCCAGCAGCGGCGCCACCGCCGCCAGCGCCGCCCGCCAGCCCGCCGCCCCCGCCCGCAGCGCCGCCGCCUCCGCCUGCAACGCGCCCCGCACCCGCGCCUCCGCCAUCACAGCCGCGCCGGAAGUGACCCCGCGCGCCGCCGACCGCUUCCGGGGCGCCCGCGGGAGGGGUCGGGACGUGCUGGCGUCACGCGCGGCGCGGGCGCGGAUUGGCAGAGCGCGGGGGCGGGGCCGGUUUGAACGCGGCGGCGGCGAAGGCGGCUCUGACUCCCGUCUCGCUCACGGCCCCAUGGCGCCCUCCCGCUCCCGCAACAAUGGCGGUGCCCGCAAGAGGAAGCUCGCCGCCUUCCUCAAGGACUUCGACCGCGAGGUGCAGAGCCGGCUGUCCCGGGUGCAGGCGGACGGGCAGAGCCUCAUCAAGGAGCUGGAGAAGCUUUACGACAUCGAGCUGCUCCGGCUUCCCGUCGCGCUGCGAGAGAUGAACUGGCUCGGCUACUUCGCUAAAGGAGGAAGUAAAAAAGCCCUAGAAGAGGCAGCAACGGCAGAUGUGGAAAUAUCAGAAAUAAACAAAAUCACAGCAAAAGUCAUCCAGACGCCUUUCAAAACGAUCAAGAAAGCUGGAAAAUCCAAAAAAGACAUUGGAGCUUUUGAAGAAACCGAGUUCUGUUUGCUCCCUGCUUCAAAGAAAAGCAGGCAGGAGAGCCAAGCCCUUGAAGAGCCAAAAUCUGAAAAUACCCAGCCAAGGACUGAAAAGGCAAAGGCAGCAGCCAAAAGGCCUCCAUCUAGGAGCAGAAGGUGUCCUUCAGCGAAAGUAAAAGCUGCUAAUAAAAGGACAAGCAAAAGUAAUUAUUCCACUCCAGCUGUUGGCCGAGCAUUGGAUGCCUGCACGCAGGGCAGUACCUCUGCGGUCCUUUCCAGGUUUGAUUCCAGAAUUUUCAAGACGCCGGGCCUGCGCACCCCCGCAGUAAACGAACCGGUUUUCAUCGUCUCCAAAAACGGCAGCCCUCUUGCCAACACCAACGAUGUCAUCAUAACAGUCCCCCUCAGAGGAGGAGAGGCUCUCCGUUUUACAGCCAGUGAGCUGACCAAAAGGAAUCUUCAUCAACUGAAUCCGGAGGCACUGGGAGUUAUGAAGAACUUAUCGGUUCGCCUUGCACAAGUAUGUGGCAGUACAAAGAUCUAAAGAUUUUGACUGGAUUUUUCAUCUCUCACGUAAAUCAGAGAUGACAAAUCGAGGACUACAGAUUCUACAUAUUCCUUUUUCCCCUUCCACCUGCUUACGCAGGUAGAGAACCUGUUCUUAACUUCUGCUGUCAUGCACUCCGAGUACAUGACUUACUUCUUAUUUUUUUUAUAAGUAAUAAAAAAGUUUCUCAUUUUUGAUGAGA